AUGGAAAAACACUCACCUUAUUCAGAAUAUCCCAGUUGGGCUGAACCCUCCCAGCUCUCCUCCAUAAAUAAAAGUUUAUAUUUUUGUUCUAUUUUAUUUAUGAUGACUUCAACUGAUGCAAUGAGCAAUCACAAAUCACGAGUAAAAUCACUGAAUUGUUUAAUUAUUUUAUUGAAUCUUCAUCGACAAAACGUAAACUAA